UGCAACCUCUCGAUUUACAUUAUGAAUUACCACGGGAGUACGCGAUUUAAUUCGAUCCACGCGAGUCCAAAGUCCACCGUAGAAGGACGGAACGCAUCUGAUUUAUUUUAAUAGAUGCAAUCGCUGGUACUGAGACGCGAGCAGUAAUAUCGUGAACUAAGAUAAAGUGCUCUCUUUCGCGCGAUAAGGUAUUGCAUCGAACAAACAAAUACGGAUAAACGUAUAAAAUGGCGUACUUGAUCGCUUUGGCGAUCAUAGCGGUGGCCGCUGCCAUUUUCGGGCCGCGAAUCUUCGCUGCUUAUAAGAAACGCCGUAAAAUCGCCGAGGUUAUCGACAAACUUCCCGGGGCCCCGUGGUACCCGAUCCUCGGUACCACUUUGCCGCUCCUGAAGACUUCGCGAGAAGACCUGUUCCGCCACGUCAUAAGCAGGCACGACGUCUACGGACCCGUCUACAGGAGUUGGUUGCUCCAGGAGCCGGUUAUCCACAUCUGCAAGGCGGAGCAUAUCGAGGUUCUGCUCAAGAGUUCCGUAAACAUCAACAAGGGGCAGGCUUACGCGUACUUCGAGCCGUGGCUCGGUCAGGGUCUGCUGACCGGGGGCGGCAAGAAGUGGAAGACGCACCGGAAACUGAUCACGCCGGCUUUCCACUUCAGCAUCUUGGACAAAUUCGCGGAGACUUUCGUCGAGCGCGCGGACGACCUGGUGCGCAUCCUGGAGUCUAAAGUCGGCAAAGGGUACUUCGAUGUUAACCCCUACGUCACCAAGUGCGCAUUGGACAUAAUCGCGGAAACCUCCAUGGGAAGGAAAAUAAACGCAAUGAAGGAUCCAGAGUCCCAGUACGUCGACGCCAUAGUGAGCGUGUGCGAAAUAGCAUCGUGGAGGUACGCCAACCCUAUCUGGGCCAACGACUUCCUCUUCCAAUUCACCUCGACCGGCAAGAGGUUCUACAAGAACGUCAAGUACAUCGAGGAGUUCACCCAAAAGAUCAUCAUGGACAAGAGAGCGGAGAUUGACGGUCCGCGACCAAACGUUAAGGUCGACGAACUCGGCAGGAAGGAGAAGCAAUCGUUCAUAGACAUCUUGCUCUCCAAUCAGGGUCAGGAUCGAUUCACAGAUCGCGAGAUCAUCCACGAAAUCAACACGUUCAUGUUUGCGGGUCAAGACACCAGCUCCACGACCACGGCGUUGACGUUGUUCGCUUUAGGCAAUGACCCUAGGAUCCAGGCCAAAGUCCACGAAGAGCUCGAUUCUGUACUAGGAGUUACCGACGGACCCAUAACCUCUCAAGACGUCGCCUCCUUGGAGUACCUCGACCGGGUGGUUAAGGAAACGCUCAGAGCGUACUCAUUCGUACCCGAAAUUGCGAGGGUUCUCGAGGAGGACAUCGUGUUGGACGACUUACGCGUCCCGGCAGGGGUGACCGUCAUCAUGGACCUUUACAAUCUGCACCACGACCCGGAACAUUAUCCCGAUCCGGAAAAAUUCGACCCGGACCGGUUUCUACCGGAAGCCAGUAAUGCUAGGCACCCAUAUGCCUACAUACCUUUCAGCGCUGGACCUAGGAACUGCAUAGGCCAAAAGUUCGGGAUACGUAACGCGAAGACGAUGCUGGCUUCGAUACUGAGGAAGUUCAGGGUUAGGAGCCGCGACAAGCCGGAGGACAUGAGGUACUAUCUGGAAUCGGUGCUCAGACCGCAGAACGGGAUCAAUAUGGAGCUGGAGUUGCCAUCUACUCUCAACCAUAGUCUGGAUUAUCUGCUGGUCAAUUUAAGGCUCCGUUUUGGUGAUACUAUGUCUUAUCUAGUGGCGUUGGCGGUACUCGUGGUGACGGUGGUGAUCUUCGGAUCGCGUUUUCUCGAAGUUUACAGACGCAAACGCAAAAUCGCCGAAGCCAUUGACUAUUAUCCGGGAGAAAAAUGGUACCCUAUCGUCGGAACCGGUCUGACGUUCAUGGCGACGAGCAGAGAAGACAUAUUCGACUUCAUGACGUCCAGGCACAAAAAGUACGGUCCGAUAUUUCGAAAUUGGCUGCAAGGGGAACCCAUUGUGCACAUCUGUAAGGCCGAACACGCCGAAUUGCUCCUGAAAAGCAACGUCAAUAUCGAUAAAGACAUGAGGUACCGCUAUUUCGCGCCUUGGCUGGGCACGGGACUUUUGCUCGGAGGCGGAAACAAGUGGAGGACCCACCGGAAACUGAUCACUCCCGCUUUCCACUUCAGCAUCUUGGACAAGUUCGCGGAAAUCUUUGCCGAAAGGGCCGACGACUUGGUGCACAUACUGGAGGACAAGGUAGGCAAGGGGUACUUCGACGUUAACCCCUACGUCACCAAGUGCGCGCUGGACAUCAUCGCGGAGACCUCCAUGGGGAAGAAGGUAAACGCGAUGAAAGACCCGAACUCCAAGUACCUGGACGCCAUUGCGAGGUUGUGCGAGAUUGCUUCCAGAAGGUACACGAAUCCCAUUUGGGCCAACGAUUUUCUUUUCAAGUUCACCGAACCUGGUAAAAGGUUCUUCGAGGCCUUAAACUACGUGAAUGGGAUUACGCUUAAGAUCAUUUCCGAGAAGAGGGCGCAAUUCGAAGAGACCAAGAGCACCAUCAGAGUCGACGAAUUCGGCAGAAAAGAACGACAGGCUUUCAUCGACCUCCUGCUCACUACGCAGGACCAAAAGCGCUUCACGGACGAAGAAAUCAUCGAAGAAGUAAAUACCUUCAUGUUCGCGGGCCAAGAUACCAGCUCGAUCACCACUGGUUUCACUUUGUUCGCGUUGGGCAACGAACCAGAGAUCCAAGCCAAAGUGCACGAAGAACUGGACGCUAUCUUCCAGGGAUCGGACCGUAUUAUCACGCCUCAAGACGUCGCGUCUAUGGACUACCUGGAUAGAGUGGUGAAGGAGACGAUGCGGUACUACUAUUUUGUACCGGAAAUCGGAAGACGUCUGUUGGAAGAACUGGUGUUGGACGGACAUCGCAUUCCCGCGGGUACCACAGUCAUCCUAGACCUCUACGAGUUACACCAUGACCCGGAGCACUUUCCGGAGCCUUUCAAAUUCGACCCGGAUAGAUUCCUCCCCGAAGAAGUAGCUAAGCGCCACGUCUACGCUUACGUCCCGUUUAGCGCUGGUCCCAGGAAUUGCGUAGGCCAGAAAUUCGGACUGCGUAACGCUAAAACGAUGCUGGCGUCCAUCUUGAGGAAAUUCAAGGUCAAGUCGCGCGACAAGCCGCAGGAUUUAAAGUACUACAUCGAGGCGGUGCUCAGGCCGCAGCAAGGUCUUCACAUCGAGUUGGAGCUGCGCAAUUGAAGCUCCACGCGCUUAUCUUAGUAUGCCGAUUAUUUAGGCAGCAUUGUACAUACAUAUGUAAUAUAUCGGUUUCGUUUC